AUGCAGCUUUGGGUUGAACAGGUUAUAGGUGGUCAAAUGUUUUUGACAGAUUUAAUUAUUAAAGAAAAGGCUGCAUUUUUUGCUUGGGCAUUAGAUUUACCAGACAGUUUAUAUGGUGAAGCCAAUAAUAUACUGAUAGAAAUAUUUCCAGAAAAAAGAAUGAAAUUUUGUGAACUAAUAAAAGAAUAUCUGUUAGAAAACAUUUUUAAUGCUGAUAAGAUGGG